AUGAAGCCCAGAAUGAAAAAUCACUUUCGAGCUCACCAACUAAGUGUAUGGCUUCGACUAAUUCCUGAAUUACAUAGAGCAGGCAUGGAGGAUGUCGUUGCUCGUCACAAUCUUUUCCGAAACCAUAACAAUGCCGACCUGUAUGACGGAGCUGUACGUCCAGACCCAUUAUCUAGGAUAAGCUACUAUGACCCCACCAUGGAGCUAGUCAGGAAACGUCCAAACGCUACGUUAAGUGCUUUAGAGGUUCCUACAACGAUGGAUACGAUAGUUACGACAUGUGUCAAUGUAAUUCCUUCUGGAAAUUACAAUCCGCAAAUAUAUCAAAGUCAAAAUAAUAAUCAAACCGAUACCCUGGCAUCGCUUGAGGCUGCCGGUUAUGCUGCUUAUAGCACGGCUCUUAGCGUUACCAUAGCCAUAGGUUGCUCGUUAUUGAUUCUAAACGUCCUGAUUUUCGCAGGAGUUUAUUAUCAAAGAGAUAAAACACGAAUGGAAGUGAAAAAUUUGCAACAGCAACAAACACGCAACCAGCAAACAUUCGAAACUAUAUCCAAACACCAACACUAUCAUUUAGGUCACUCGCAGAGUUCUAACAUAAUUGUAGAUGUAGAACAAGACACUUCCGCCAUGAUAAUGGCAGCAAAUGCUCAACAAGACUAUCAUGCCAUGAACAAAGUGCAACAGCAUCUUUGUCCAACAAGUAUUUCAAAUACGAUCAAAGCCCAAUCUCCAAAUUGUAUGACUUUACCUAAAAACGCCUCGAUGCAAUCAUAUAAUUACAACCAAUCAGGCUGUAUGACGUUGCCUAAAAACUCAGCGUUGCUGAACAAUACGGCAUGCGUUAUUGCUGAAAUGAAGCAGCAACAUCACGGCUUUUCGCAGCCACCGAAUGGCAACGUGCCCUUGCCACUUACAGUGCCCAAGCCUCCACCUCCUCCCAGGGCAAAAAGCCCGGAAAGCCAACCUUUGUUGAGUACAGGGUAUGAUAGCAGUGUAAAAGGGAAUAUGCGACUGCCACAAGCUGCUAUGAGCGAAAUGAGGGUGUGA